ACCCUGGCCUCUGCGAAUAGUACAGUCCCACGCUCAAAUUCCGAGAAUUGUGCUGUCUUGAUUCUUAGAAUCGGGGUUCUUAGAAGUGGUGAUGCAGGAAGUUUCUAGGAAAGCCCGACCAGGUUUUAACAUGAUGGCAUGUGCGGCCACCAGCUGCGUUCAGUUCACACGCCACGCUAGUGAUGUGCUGCUCAACCUGAACCGGCUACGCAGUCGAGAUAUCUUGACAGAUGUCACUAUUCUGGUAAACCGACAGAAGUUUCGCGCUCACAAAACAGUUCUUAUGGCUUGCAGUGGGCUUUUUUACACCAUAUUUACAGACUCCCUUAAAUGCAACCCGAAUGCCAUUAGCCUAGACCCGAAAAUGGAUCCUGAAGGCUUUGGCAUUCUGCUGGAAUUCAUGUACACAUCUCGACUAACUUUGAAGGAGAGUCUCAUAAUGGCCAUCAUGAAUACAGCCAUCUAUCUGCAGAUGGAUCAUGUUGUUGACACAUGUAACAGAUUUAUCAAAUCCAGUGAUUCUUCAACCAAGCUCACCAGGGAAGAGUUAUUGGUUAGCCCUCUGCUAUUAACUCAGGACACCCUAGCUUACAAGUUUCAUGAAAUGGAGAAUUUACCUCCACAAGCAGCCUCUGUCAGGAAUGAUGUUUCCGCUAAAGGAAGUGCCAUCUACCAAAAGCUCAGUUUCAUACCCGACGAGACUGUACCGACAGAGAACACAAGGUCUAGCCCCAGGACUUCCAACAACAUUUGCUGUAUGUCCCCCUUCCCUCUUAGAGAAAUGGAUGGAGAAGAGGGACUAGGGAAGGAGAACCUGGGGGAUGUUCAUCCAUCUGUAGGACCAGGCUUCAACAAAUGGGACAUGUUAAGCGUAGCCUCAGAGCAGCAGGAGGAGAGUAAACGGCAUACUCCUUUGGUGGUUGAAGACCUGCCCCAGCAGCAUUGUUUAUUGAGCAUCUCCUCCAGUGGCUGCAAGGGGCUUCUCAGCAGCCCACAGAGUCCUCUCAAAUCUGAUUGCCAACCCAACUCUCCCACGGAGUCGAGCAGUAGCAAGAAUGCUGCUCUUUCCCAGGCCACUUGCUCCCUAUCAUCCCCAGGCACACAGGAUCCCAAGGCCCGAAACUGGAAGAAGUACAAAUUCAUUGUGCUCAAUUCUGCAAGCCAGACAACUAAAGAAAAUGGAGGUUCUCAAGGUACUCGGUCCCCGGCGAGCAUUGGCUAUCCCACUUACCUCCAGUCCAAUGAGUUGGAGCAUCCAGAUAUGCAAACUGCCCCUAAACUUAGUGAAUGUGGGGAGGAUCUCCCGGUUUCCCAGGUUAGCCGUCUAAAUACGAUCAUCAACAGUGCCCUGGAAGGAUCACCAAGGAACAGUGGUGGUCAUAACUCCUCCUACAUUAACAAUAUGAAGUGUUCCUUUGGUGGCACACACUCUCCACAGCACCCAGUUUGCUCCAGUAGUCCUCCCCUACAUGUGAAUAUUUCAGAGUUGCAUGCAGAGUAUUCAGACUCCAGUUUUGAAAACGGUACAGGCUGUAAUAAAUGUGACUCCAAGUGUGCUGAAGACGAUUCUCUGAAACGGCAUAUGCUUCAGGUUGACGGCGAUAAGCCAUACAAGUGUGACCACUGCCAGGCGGCUUUCCGCUACAAAGGGAACCUCGCCAGCCAUAAAACGGUGCACACAGGAGAGAAGCCCUAUCGUUGUCACAUUUGUGGUGCUCAGUUCAACAGACCUGCCAACCUGAAGACUCACACACGCAUUCACUCAGGAGAAAAGCCAUACAAGUGUGAGACAUGUGGCGCUCGCUUUGUACAGGUGGCUCACCUUCGUGCCCAUGUGCUCAUCCAUACGGGAGAGAAACCGUACCCCUGUGAGAUCUGUGGCACACGCUUUCGUCACUUACAGACCCUCAAGAGCCACUUGCGUAUACACACUGGAGAAAAGCCCUAUCAUUGUGAGAAAUGCAAUUUGCACUUUCGCCACAAGAGUCAGUUGAGACUGCAUCUCCGGCAGAAGCAUGGAGCCAUCACCAACACCAAGGUCCAAUACCGCAUUUCUACUACAGAGCUGCAAAACUGAGGUGACCAAGACUUGCUGAGCCAGUCCAGAACUGCAGUGCCACACUGGAAACUGGGGCAGUUGCCACCAUCUGAAACGGGUUGACUCUACAUGUGAAUAUAGAGCCACAUAUGAUCAAUUAGUCACUUUAUGACCUGUAUUAUGUUUUGAGUAUUUAUAAGCUUUGGAGUAUGCAAAGCUUUAUUUUACGGAGAAAAGAAGGAAUGUAAAUGAAAUUUUUGAGAAUUGUUUUAUAUCAGAGAACACAUUUCUGAAUCUAUGCUUUAUCGAAUGGUUAAUAUUUUAAGAAAAUAGUAUUCCUUGUAAAGCUGUAAAAUACAGGUGUACAUUUUAUAUAUAAAUAUACAUCAUGUAUAAUGGCCUUUUUCAUUGGGUGGAAAAAAUGUUGCCAGACCCAGUAAUUUCUCUGAUUUUUGGUAAUUAAGCUGAUAAUGAGAGAAUCUUUACUGUUUGAUUCUUCAGGCAGGCAAUAUCUGUUGCCAACUAACCAUUCAUGAAUAAGGCAAAAACUUGAGUGUCGAUAGAUAAAUGGACAGAUGAAAGAAAAAAAAAUACGAAUUGCAUCAGGCUGAACUCUGCAGGCAGAGCCAAUCUGAAAUUUAAAAUGAUGAUUUUUAAGGUACUGCUUCUGUAUGACCAACAGAAUAUUUCAAUGUUUGUGAUUUUUGUUUUUGGAAAAUGGAUAUUUACGGUAUUGUAACUGCUCUGUUAGGCUGUAACAUUUUUCAUACGUACACUGUGCUCUCAAAGUGCCUUUUCCCACUGAUGUGACCAGUUCCCAUUCAGCCUAGUUCUAUCAAGGUAUAAAUCCAGAACAGCAUUUGUCCUGUUUGUGACUGUUUUUGAUGUCCCCCACCACCAUCACCAACAUUAAUAAAUUUCAAUGCUUAUGCUGUGACUUUUUUUUUUUCGUGUGUGUGUAAAUUGCAUUAGGACUAUAUAAUGUAAAAUAGUUGUGUGAAUAUAAAAUAAAGAUGUAUUUGUAUGUA